AUGCCAGACUAUCCCGGCCUUGGCCUUCCUAUACGUCACGAAUCACAGGAUAGAUACGGGCACUAUCCCAUCGGAGCUCAUGGCGGUUGCUCGGGUGCUAAUUCUGAUAUGCUUCCUAUCCGAGAGCUUGCCAUGAUGAGUAUCAUGGAUCGCCUCACGGAUAAGGAAGAAUGGCACCUAAAAGUCUUCGACGAGAAAAUUGUAUCCAAGUGGCGUGAAGAAGCUCGAGCUAUUCCAGACGAACAGUUUUGGAAUCUAGCAAUUAGUGAUAAGGUCCAACAGUGGGAUCGUGAAGGGAAGCUUAUAAUAAAUGCCGAUAGCAAUUCCGAACGCCUCAAACCGUUGACAGGCAUUAUGAGCGACGACAGUUUUAAUUGCUGUAUUAAGGAGCUUCGGAGCAAGGCUCGGUUCUACCGGGAGACAGGUAUUAUCCCGACACUCGACGCAUGUGCCUCUAUUGCGAAAGCAGACGGUCUAGUCUCCAUAGAUCUUCACGAUUCUUUACGCAAAGCGUUUGAUACACUCAAGCUUGAUCAGUCUUCCGAAGUCGAUUGGCAUCCCAAUUCAAACGAUAUGGUUCAGAAUCUGGUGCAUCCUUCGAUGUAUCCUUUAGUCUACGGCCGCAGCAAAGUUUUGAAGGACGAAAUUGUUGGAGUCAGCGAUGCUAUUGAGAAAUGGGCGGGGAAAGGUGAUAUCAUUCCAAAAGAGAACCCGAACCUCGCUCCGCAGCUGCGCAUGUUCGGAGGGUCCGUUCACAAUGUAGGAUCUGGUAAAGUUCCAUCCCACUUCUGGUCAGACACAUACCAAUGGCUGCCAGCCAAUGUCGCUUUUCAAGAUGAUGGCACGGUCAAAUUUACUAGCUACAUCAACAACCUUCAUCCGAACAAAUUUCCUGACAUCUAUCGCACGAUCGAGAAGUUGAUUGAGACUACACUUCCGAUGUGGGAUCAAUGCCUUGCGGUUGCAGUGGAUUAUAAUCAAAAGGAUGGAGCUGGACGUGUCAAUUCCCGGUUUCCAUACCCCGAUGAUGCAGACGACGAAAACAAUGAGAACUGGAUCCCUUCGGGUCCUGAAGACGUUGCAGACGUAGAAAAUAAUCCAGCGUGGGGAGUAGGUGUUCGACAUGACCACAAUGACGAUGAUGAUGAAGACAUUGAAGAAAGGGAAGACGAAGAUAUCGAAGAUGUCGAAGACGACAAUAACGGCGAUGAAAACUCCCAGAGUAAAUGGAAGCAAUCACGCAAGCCCAAUAUUCCAGAGCCCAUUUUCGAAAAUGUUCAGUAUACAAGAGCGGAAGAAAAGCACCUAGUAAACAAAUUCCGAGAAUCUGGCCUUCAAAUAAUCGUCAAGAUGGCUUCUAUAGAACUCACACCAGAAAACCCCGAGUUUCCAACAGGCGGUUGGCAUAUCGAGGGACAAAUGAAUGAACAUAUUUGUGGCACAGCACUCUACUACCUCGAUAGCGAAAACAUAACCUCAAGUGAUCUUUCAUUCCGCAUGCAAACAUCGGCCUACAUGGAAGACGACAUCGAUGUCGGACAAGAUUGUUAUCAUUGGCUAGAGCAAGUUUAUGGAACAGGUCUCGGCAGCAGCAACUCCCCCUGUCUUCAAAAUUAUGGCAGUGUAGAUACUCGUCAGGGUAGACUCCUUGCAUUCCCAAACGUCUUACGCUUCAUAGCCCUAUGGCUCAUAGACCCCACGCAACGCAUCAUUUCAACCGCCAAUGUCCCACCCCAACACAUGAAUUGGUGGAACUCCUCUAUCUUUGGGACUACGACCGAAACUCGCACUGCGGCUAUAGCUAAACUCCCUGCUGAAAUCGUCACGCUCUUGAAUGAAAAGGGCGUAAAUACAAAUACAGAUGCAGAUACAGAUACCACUAUUUCGCAAGCGAAUAUGAAUAUGCACCUCUCCCCAGAAUUAAUGGAAAUGGUACGCAAACACAUCAACACCGAUGCGCAUACACUACAGAUGGGCAUAGAAGAGGCGAAGGAGCAUAGAGUUAAAUUGAUGGGUGAGCGUAGUGUGUUUGUUAAAACUUCCGAAGAGGGGUGGCAGGCCCAUGCGUAUUCUUUUUGUGAACAUUGA